CAAUCUCUCACCAGAGGGCGCAUUACGCUGCGCUACAACACCUCUGUCAACGUCUAAAUGCCAAGAUUCUUGGCAAAACUUACAUUUACAUAAUGAAUCAUGAAUAAAUCAAUUUUCAGUUUUAUUUUUAAGCUUUAAAACUUACAAAAUAGUUUAUAUGUGAAAAUUAAAAAAAGAUAUAUUUGUUUCACCGUAUUUUACAAGGGAUUAUAUCUCGGCGGAAUAUUGCAUUACUAAUGUCAACAAAUAUGGAGGACGCGGAAAAAUUAAAAAUAAUCGCCGACAAAUAUCAACAGGGUUUGGUUCUCAAAGAAAAACAAAUUGCAGCUUUGACCCACAUAGAGAAACAUAAAAGUGAUCUGCUUGUAAACCUUCCUGUGGGGUAUGGUAAAAGCAUCAUUUACCACCUUCUGCCGGCUUUAUUAAAGUCAGACGAGCUACCAACACCGGUGAUAAUCGUAAUCUCACCUUUAAACAUAAUUCAAAAAGAUCAGAUGACAUCCCUGUUAGACCAUGGUGUCAGCGCAUGCAGAGUUAAUAUCAAAACCUGUAUUGAAGAAACUACAGAUGAUGCUGAGAAGCAGAACUAUGGUGCAGAUAUGGAUGAUACUGUUCAAAAUAUUGCUAGUGGAAAGUAUUCAAUAAUUCUGUGUCACCCUGAAGCCAUAUUAAACACUGCAAAAGGCAAAGAACUUCUUUCCAACGAACGGUUUAAGGAGAAUGUGGCAGCAGUUGUUGUUGAUGAGUGUCACAUUCUUGAGAAAUGGGGAGAAGACGUUCGAACAGCAUUAAAAAAACUGGGUUCUCUCAAGGUUUUUUCCCAAAUGCUCCUUUCAUUGCAUUAAGUGGUACUUUGACAGUGAGUCAGAAGAAAACCAUUCCAGCUACGUUGAAAUUGCAAAGUUAUAAAAUCAUUGAAGAGAAUCCAGAUAAAGCAAAUAUUUACCUUGCUAAGUUCAGAAAGCUUCCCUGUGGAGAUGUAUUAUCGGAAUACGAACAAAUUAUAUUCAAAGUAUGUGAUGACUUAUAUAAAGAAAGAAAAAACUACCCCAUCACAUUGUUGUUUAUACCCAUUUUCUACAUGAGUGAGGCCAUUAUGUAUCUACAGAAUAAAUUUGGAUACUUGAGCAUCAGAGACUCUCUCUACAGUGCCAUUUGUUCUGGACAAGAUCCCUAUGUUAUGGAUUAUACAUUACAACAGCUAAAACUUGAAAACUCACAAAUUCGUCUUGUUUUAACAACAUCUAUAGCAGGAAUGGGAUUUGACCCCAGCAAUGUUGAACAUGUUAUUCAUACUUGUCCCCCCAGAAGUAUGGCUCAGUAUCUGCAGGAGGUGGGUAGGGCGGGUAGAAGAGGACAACAUGCUACAGCAACAAUGUAUUUCAACAAUAGAGAUAUUGCCAAGAACCUUCCAGGUAUUCAGGAUGAUAUAAUUCAAUACUGUCAAAAUGAAACAAAUUGUUUACGAAAUCAAUUGCUGUCUGUUUUUGGAUUUCAAAAAGAGUCUAUGUUACCAGGAUGUAAGUGUUGUUCUGUCUGUAAAACUGAAUGCAAGUGCAGUGAUUGUAUAUAAUCAGAUUAUAUUUCAUGAACAGAAUUACAUAUAAACAUAUUACGUACAAUUUUUUAUUGCUUCUACAUUCUCCUCCUAGGCACCUGAUCCCACCUCUGGUGUGUCCAGGGGUCCGUGUUUGCCCAACUAUCUAUUUUGUAUUGCUAAUAGGAGUUAUGAGAUUGAUCACUGUUCGUUAUCUUCACCUUGCAUAUAUAUAUAUAUAUAUAUAUAUAUAUAUAUAUAUAUAUAUAUAUAUAUAUAUAUAACUUUUUAUUUUAAUAAUAAAAAAAAAAAUACAACUCUAUUUUUGCCCUUUAUUGAUUAAUAUCAUAUUUUUGAAUAAAUAAGGCUACAUUAACUCAUGUAAGUUAACCAAGAUCCAUUUCCCCAGUUACAGCCUUACAAUGGAUUAUCAUAGAGUUCAUUGUCAGGAUCAAUGCCAUCCUCUUCCACUUCCAGUAUUUGAAAACCUCGUGCAAGUCUGGUUAUAAUUUGGUGUAGUCUCUCUUUCAUUUUAGGCAUUUCCUCUAUAGAUAGUGGAACAGGACUUAUGUUCGAAAAACCUACACAUUUUCUGAAAGGAUGGUGUUGAAAUGGUCUUAAGUCUCUCAGUUUUUUAUAAACAGUGUCUUUGUCUGUUUCGGAUACUGUAGAGGAAUGCCUGCCACUUUUUGGCUUUAAAAUUACACUUUCAUCAAAUUUUGUGCAGAUUUCAUCGAUUGCAUCAGCUGACACAGUCACACGAGAAAUGGAUUUAUCACUCUUGUUUGCUCCCAAUGCCUUAAUUAGAGCUUUUUGAUUACAAACACUGUGCUCUUGAACUAAGUCACACUCAACGUUUUUGCCAUGACCUCCCCAAAUGUUAACAUAAGACCCUUCCAAAACUCGAAUGCGUUGUAAAGGAGACAAAAAAAAUUCUGUUUUCAAUAAAUAGUCAACAUUCUCCACUAGGUAUUUGCUUAUUGAAUAUUUACAGUUUAGAACUGUUCGAUUCAGAUCACCUUCCUUUGCUGUAUCAUGUAGCUCUAAAAUCUGCAGAAACCAAUGGCAGAGCUGCAUGGCGUAAUUAAACACUUCAUCGCUCUGUGGCGUUUCAUGAAAUGGAAUUAAGAUCCACUGAUUUUCAUCACCUACUUUUUGCACUUGAUAUUGUAAUGAACCCCUUAGUGGUUGAGGAAGGCCUUCAGCUGUAUCUGCAUUGCAGUAUCCAAAAUACUUCAUGAAAUCAAUCACAGUAGCCAAUAAUAAAGAUUUCUGUUCUUCGGAAGACUUGCUAUUAAUAUCUUCAAAAUUCUUGUGGUUUGGUUCACUGUACUUGUUUUCCAUUUGGAAAAAUUCCAUAAAUUGCUCUUUAACCAGUCCUUCACCUACUGUCAUUAAAAGAUCAAAAUGGGGUUGGAAUCUACCUUUCACCCGUCCAUUCACAUUUGUGCGAUGCAGAAUUGUUUUGAAGUAGUGGAGAGUUCCAGGAGAGUUCUCAUCCUUGUAUAAGCAUUUGAAGCAUUUCUAAUUAAAAUGAAAAUUAAAAGAAAGA